CCCUUUUCGACACGAAAACACUACCACGUCGGCUCCAAUUCUCAUUUUCGAGUGGCCAGUUGUCACCGAGAAAUUGGAGUCUUCUUCCCUUUCCUGUGUUCGCGAUGAGUCGAACCUUUGGCGGUCGCGACGGGACCGUCAAAGAAACUGCUGGACUCGAAGAGUUGUCACCCGAGCACACUUUUCUGAUGUCUGACGAUUCCCAUCGGGGUCAACGGUUGCGAGACGAAGUCCUCGACCAGCUGAGGACGGUCAUUGACCCUGACCUGCACAAAGACAUUGUCUCUCUCGGUUUCGUACGGGAUUUGGAGAUUCAAGAGCAUGCUGGUUCCGUAAAGUUUCGCUUGAGGCUGACGACGCCAGCCUGCCCAGUCAAGGACCUUUUUGUCUCCACUUGCACGGCGCGUCUUCAGGGGCUCGAUUGGGUUCACCAAGUGGACAUUCAGCUGGACAGUCAAAAAUCUUCUGGAUCGACUGCAUCUGGUCCCGGUGCCCGCGACGGGUUGAAGCGUGUGUCGUUUGUGCUCGCAGUAACGUCUUGCAAAGGCGGAGUCGGAAAGUCGACAGUCGCCGUCAACUUGGCAUUCAUGCUUCGGCGUUUGGGCGCGAAAGUUGGCCUUCUUGACGCGGACUUGUACGGGCCCAGUCUUCCCGUUCUGCUUCCACUAGAGGACACAAACGUGUAUUUUGAGGAAGAGAGCGAGGGAGAGGACUACGCAGAUGAGCGCAGAAACGAGAUAGAUGUCAGACCGAAGAGAACUACGGCUCGGGGCCAUUCAAGAGCACACAGUAGCCAUGGUCGUUCCAUUGCCUUCGAACAGACGAAGCGUCAAGAUAGGGAUGCUGGCGCGCGGGAAAAAAAAACGUGCGCUAGUGGAAAAGAAGACGAUGGCGAAAAGCGCCAGCCGAAACUACGUCCUCUGGUCUACAAUGGCGUCAAGAUCAUGUCGUACGGAUUUAUUCGGAAUUCCGGAUCUCAAGGUUUUUCUGCUUUACGCGGGCCAUUUGCAAGUAGCGUCAUCGAGCAGCUCUUGACAGGCACAGCCUGGCGAGACCUCGACUACCUGGUCAUCGAUUUCCCUCCGGGGACUGGCGACAUUCACAUAACCCUCUCUCAGGCGGUGAACAUUGAUGCGUGCGUUGUAGUGACGACGCCUCAAACGCUGAGCACGACAGAUGCGGAGAGAGGAAUUAAGAUGUUCAACGAACUCGGCAUUCCCACCAUAUGCAUUGUGAACAAUAUGGCCCACUUCGUAUGCGACGGAUGCCAAAAGAAGCACAUUCUUUUCCCCGGACAGCAAAACGUCGAGAAGCUUGCAGAUCUCGCGGAGGCGCCGCACGUCGUUCAAAUUCCUCUCGAUCCUCGUCUCUCCCAAGUUGUUGGGGCAGAAGAGUCUGCGGACGAGCCUACGCAGGACGACGCGCAGAGCUCGGGCGAAUCGUACACAUUUCCUGUCGUAGAACGGCUCCGCAAGCACCCCAGAGACAAAGUAUACUCAGUGUUCCACGAACUCGCUGCCAUCGUGGUGCGGGAGCUGUCGACUUUGCGCUACGGAUAUGUUGGUCCCUCUGUCAUGCUUUCUGGAGAUUCGUAUGUCGAGAUUGGCCUUCCGAGGAGAAUUCGGAGGCCGUGCAUCGCGGAUGCUGACAAGCCCUGGACGUCCCCGAUCGGGAAUUCUGACGAUCAAGAGGCGGCUGCGACGGGAAAUGCCAUUACGUCGGAUCCCCACGCUGUUUCCGUAAACGUCUGCACGAUCUCUCUCCGACGCAUACGGGACGCUUGUCAAUGUAAAAGCUGCGCAGCAGAGGUGCGAAGAGAUCAAUUAUCCGGACAGAACGCAAGGAAUUCAGGAGAGCUAGCUCUGACGGAGGUUCUUCACGCGUCCAACCGCAGUCUGAUCUUCGUGUGGGACGAUGGUCACCGGACGGCGCUGCCGCUCCAAACCGUGGAACGCCUCGCGCUGGAGGAGGACGAGAUCCAAAGUCGCGCAAACGGUUCAGUAUGCAUGGCAGGCGCUCAACCAGAGCUUGAGUGGUGAAUUGAAUCACAGGGAAACCACUUUUGCGAAUGUUCUGCUCCUACCGCUACCGACCCAUUAGACGAGACACACUCCUCCCGUUCCUCCAUUCAGACGCGACUAUCAACUUUGAUGCAUUGAUGGGCAUGAUCAGUCCGUGUACGGUUUGUUGGGCUUUGGACCUGUCCUGUCCGUUUUAUUAGAAUUAGAGGACAGAAAGUGACAGUGUUUCCGUCGGGGACGCUCCUGAGAAGGUACCCGCAUGCCAUGUUCAAGUGAAGGAAGACACACGUUGUGCAAAAAGUUCCUGUGCAAAUUUCAAGGUCACAUGGCUUUUGUGGGUAUGACGGAAUCUGUGGAACAACGGCAUAGAACGCUCAUGAUACGACACGGUAGGACUGCGACUGUAGUGAGAGGGUUAGGGGCGUGGAGGCGAAGGCUUUCGUGGAAGGGUGCUGUCCUCUCCCAGCAAGUCCUUUCUUAAAGAACAUUAUGCAGGUACUAUCCCCCAACCCCUCAACAGAGAUAAAGAAACGUUUGUCGUGUAGUACCGCCUUUUUGUUCCCUCCAUUUCCACGAAUGUAGGAGGCCGGAGGGAGUACGCGGUUCAUUUGAUUGUCUGUGUACAUGCACUGUUAAGCGAUUGUUCUUGUCAAUAACUUGAAUGCUAACUGGAGGACAUGCACACAUAUCGGAAGUGGGAACUUGUUUUCUUAACGGAAUGUGUAGAAUGC